AUGGAGCUGUCGUCUUACGAUGGUAAACCGUCGGAUUCGUCUGGCAAUGAUAACACAGAAAACUGUGAUGUCCACCGGGGAAUAGUCCUCCUUAUCGAGCCGUUCUAUGGUGGAUCGCACAAACAAUUAGUUGAUUUGCUCAUUAAAGAAGUACCAGGCUGCAAGUUGUACUCUUUACCUGCGAAGAAAUGGCAUUGGAGAAUGAGAACUAGUGCACUUUAUUUUUACCAGAAUAUACCGGCUGCUUGCAACAGCACGUACAAGUGAGUAAGUUUUAAGUCUUACCAAAGAAUUUGGAGAGAUUUCUGCACAAACCCACACAAUUCCAGGGAUCCAUAUUAGUGUUUGUUAAGAAGCGUCAGCUGGUCAAGAAUGUCGAAAAUUAUACUUGCGCAGAGACAGAGCUGAAUAACGUAUGCAGGACAAACCGGGUCGGUAAAUUAUUAGGAAUUUUUCUUUUAGGCAGAGGUUGCAUCUUUUACUGGAGCUGUUAUAGGGAGAGUUAGAUGAUAAGACGCGCCAUGAAAUAGAAUAGUCAAUGUUGUCGUUCUUGAGUGUCCAGAUGUGUUUGCUAAGUUCGGUAGAGUUUUUGUGCUUGGCGUGGCGGAAUGAUGCGGUGUGAUUUCUGUGUCUUGUUUUGAAGUCGGUUUUUGUGAGUCCAAUGUAUGUUUCAGAGGUGUUGUUGUCGUUCUGUGUGACGGUGGCUUGAUAAACUUGAUUCCUCUCAUAAUAUUUAUUCUGCUCUGCUUCAACGUAUUGAGCACUGUUCCACGCGAAAAUCGACUUGCAGACUUCCUAUAUAUAUAUAUAUAUAUAUAUAUAUAUAUAUAUAUAUAUAUAUAUAUAUAUAUAUAUAUAUAUAUAUAUAUAUAUAUAUGAACUGGUAGUUUAUUUGUCUUUUUCCUCCCUCAAUAUAUACAUCACUCUACUCCUAUGUAUUGAGCAGUCUUACGUAAGUCAAAUUACUCUUUAUAUAUAUAUAUAUUUAUGUAUGUAUCAUGUUGAUUUGUUAACAUUGCAUACCCCCAUUUAACACAUGAGUGUUUAUUCUGUGAAUCAACCUAGCUAAUGAUGAGUUGGGUCAACCCAUGUAAAUAUCAUUGAUUUGUCAAAAUUUAAUACCCUCAUUUAAUACAUUAGAGUGAAAUGUGUUCCUCUGCAAAUCAUCAUCCAGUGAGACGGAUGGACCUAAAUGUAGGCAAUUCAAAUCCACUUGUGUGAAUAAUAUCCAUUCCUCAAAAUAUCUUACCCCCUUCUAACGCCUUAAGAACAAGGAAGAUUCAUCUGUCUUGUCUGUAACCUUCAGCCAAUGGACUUCCAGCUCUAUCACAGUUUAGGAACGAGGAAGGUUCAUGUUAUCAUUUUCUCAUGCUACUCAUUUUCUCAUAUUGAUCAUGCCCCUUGACUUCCAGCAUGUAAACCAAUGAUUGCACUUCCAGUGAGUUGAUUUGUCAACUACUGUAGAUGAAUCAAUUCAGAUUGGAUGUAAUGGACAAGUAUGCUCAAGCACAGAUGCCUAUUAUACCAUCCACAGCUGCUUAUGGAAAAAAUUAUCAAAACCCCUGGAUUAUGCCCACAGUUGAUAAUGCAUACUGUACAUUGUCCUUAAAUUGCCCAUAGAGUUUUGAGUUGGUUUUUUUUUAAUUCUUAUUUUUGUUGUAUUUUGUUUUUUCUUAAGGGUGUUGUUUGCCAGCUCUGUCUUGAAUUUAGCAGAACUAAUGGCACUGAGACCAGAUCUUACUCAGUUAAAGAAAGUUCUUUACUUCCAUGAGAAUCAGCUGAUUUACCCAGUCAGGAAGCAACAGGAAAGAGACUUUCAGUAUGGAUAUAAUCAGAUUUUGUCAUGGUGAGAACAAUGAAAACAAUUACCAAUAGAAACUUAAAUGAAUUUAAAAUUUCAUAUUAUUUAUGCAUUGACAGAAGAAGACAUGAGCAGUAGAAGCCUACGUGCUGCGAUGUACACCUUCUAGAUUCUGGCCUAAGAUAAGAACUCCCAAUUGACUCUAGGAUGUGUACAUCAAGGCAGUUUUAUUGUGGUUGGACUUAAGGGGAUUGAGUAUAGUAUGUGUGUGUAAUGUGAAAAAUAGUUCUGAUGUACAAAAGCGUAACAUUGGGGUAAAAUUGAAAAAUUUAUUUAAGAAUCAAUUCUUAUUAGAAUUAAGUCAGAAAGUGAAGGAAGUUGGUUCCUAUCUUGAAAUUUAGGCCUCACGGAACAGCGUAUGCACUUGAGGUAAGGAAAAUUUCAGACAUGCGCAGAAUAGGCCCUCUCCUAUGUUUACUUCUCUCCUCAACACUCUUAAAACUUUGCCAUUGAAUAUCUUGUCAAAACACGAAGUCUCAGGUAGUUUAACACAUAAACCGGGAAGACUGCGACGAAGUUGAAGAUUCUACCGUUUUAUUUUUUCCUUUUCAUCGACUAAGUGGUAGAAAUUCUAAUUUUUCGUACUGUUUUGUUGUUCAUUGCGUGUGGUGUUUAUUAUUUGGAAUUUCGAAAUGGACAAGUUUAGGAGUGGGCAUUGUGUUUUCAAGGCAAACUGAGUUUUAGAGUCCAUCGUUGUUCGUUUGAAAGUUAUUCACAUUUUUUUGACUCGCGCUCAAGAUACCAUAGAGGAGUGAAAUAUAUUGACUGAUGUAAUGUACUCAGAGCAGCUCGAAAGUACAGCAAGCGAACAAUGCACAAGGUAGGAAUAUAAAUUAGUUAUCUUGACCCCUAUCUUAGGGUGUGUUAGUGAUAAAGGGUCAAUUAGCCUACUUUCAAUAUCGCCCACUUGAGAUCGAGAGUGAACUCCGGUUUAAUCGUCAACAGGAGCCAAGAACAAUUUAUCAAUCACUUCUCGGGUACUCGUUGGUACUUACUACGGAUUACGGAGAUGAUGUUUGACUGGUAUCGAUUGUCAAAUUAAUGCUCAUUUCUUUUGGGCACUUUGAAUGUAGAGGAUUGACCAAUACACUGAUUCUUUUUCGACCACACUGCAUAUUCAAUAAUUAGUAUAGGUCCAGGUAAAGUUUGGUUGUUGAACUGGUCAUUACAAGUCAGGUAUAUGUAAGAAAAAUUCCAUUGAUGUAGAUAUAUUUAACAGUAGAAGAAAAACGUUUAAAGGGGAGAGAGGAUUAAUUACAGGUCAGAAUGGUAUUACUUAUCUUUUACACAGAAUAAGGAAAGACAGGAUAAUAAACUUGGCACAUUUUUAACAGAUCCAGUGUUCCACUCUAAUUUAUUACAGUAACUGUUAAUCAUUGAACACUAACUAUGUGCAACAUAACAUUGGCUGCAUCCCUUUGAUUUGCCCUUCCUGUGCAAAAUAUUAUGCCUAUUGAACAAGAGUACUUACACAUGAGUCAUGUUCUUAUCACAUUAAAAGUUACAUACUGCUAGUGAUAUGUUAAGUUAUACAUGUGCAACAGUAUAAUGAUAUAAUCUACAUGUAGUUAAGUAUUACAUUUAUUAUGUUCUUAAACUGCUGAAAUUUAGUGACAGCAAUUCAGUUCUUGUUCAAUAUUCUACAAAGCUACAGUCAUACAUAACAAUUUAAAAUCAGAUACAUCACAGCUUUGUAUACCUACUGUUCAUUUUGAAUGUAAUAUUCAAUUCAUUUAAUUCAAGAUCCAAUACAACAUGAUUGUACAUGCAUGUCUCAACUUUGCCACCAUGCACUUCACUUUUACCCUGUAAAACCAGUUGCAAUAUUGUAAACCAAAAAGCUAACAUGCUACAUGUACAUAUACUAAGAUAUUAAGUUAUGUUCACUUUACUAACAUGGCAUAUACAAUGUGCUUUUACCAGGUUAAUUCUAACAUGUUGUGUUGAAACAUUAAUCAAUUAUUAGAUGCGUCUCUGUGUAUAAAAAUGCAUACAUGCUGAGAUAUAUAUCUAUUUCAUGCAGUGUGGUCGUUGAAAUCAAUUCUUAUAUGUACAAAUCUAAAACAUUUAAAAAUUACUGAGCCACCCCUCAUGACUACUCUAUUCUUCAUGUGCAGGCAACAGCAUAACAUGUUCAGACAUGUGGGAUGUGGAAAGAUGAGUAGUUGGAGGCUGGAAGACAUUUGGAAUAUUUUGUAGACACAACUGGCAUUCUCUUGGUAAAUCAUAAAUUGGUAGCUCCUCCCCAUAGUUCCACACCUUUAGUGCCGCUAGCUGCAUGAGUCUUGGAACUUGUCCAUCAGGUGUACAAGUAACUCCCUCAAUUACUGUUGGGUUGAAUGACCUCUGUCCCUUCAGUGCAGAUGUUCCCUUGGCAGAAGCCUUCCUUUGAAGUUUAAGUUUGUGACCAUCUGCUUUUAGUGACUGAAUUGUUUCUGGUAAGUUAUUGUUUACUUUCUUUUCUACCCAAGCUCUAGGGUAAACAUCCUUUGCAGUGAGUGGCCCAUGUGUGCAGUUUUCUCUAAUCUUGUUUAGUUUCUUUCUUGCCUCUUGAAAAAUGUCUGUGGUGAGCAUUUGGGUAUAUUCUUUCAUUCUUUCUUUGUGAACUUCACGUGCUGCUUCUGUGGUCCUGGUGUUGGUUUUUCCACUAUGCAGAAUAUUUUCAACAAAUGUGAUUGAGGCCUGUUUUGAUAACUCUGACAUGUUAUCAUUAAGAUACAGUUGAGAGAGGUUGAACUGUCUUUCAGCAAGAACAUUGUUAACUGGAAGACCGAAAAUGUGCUUGGCAUAGAACUCAAACAGGUUUGGAGUGGCUUCUUUACUUAUGAGUGAGCUGUGUGGUGAUGAAGCAAUUUCUUUGAUCUCACUGAGCAAUUGUGGUUCCAUCAAUUUCCAAAGAGUGGCCCAUUUAAUCAAUCCAACUCUAUCCUUAGACACCAAUGUUAGAAUGUUCUGUCCAUGUACAUGAAAGAAAUUGUUCACUGACUUUUCUUGUUGAUUUUCAGAUCUGACUGGAAUUUCAAGAAGCUUUAAAACUGAAUGCCAGAAAGGACUUUGGUAUCUCUGAUCAGCUCCCAUUCCAAACAACUUGGGAAAAGUUAACCACUCUGCUCCAUGAUCUUUGAUUAGUUUAAUUGCUUCUUGUAACAUUGGCCUCUGCACUUGUUUGUGAAAAUGGUUGAUAGCUGCUGGGUCCUUCAAUGACAUCUUCACCUGUUGUGAUGUUAAAGGAAAAUAUUCUGCAGGGGACAUCAACAUUUUACUUAAAGUUUCAUGGUGCUUCAGAACAGUUGCUGGCCAUAACCUUGCUAGGUAACCACUGGAGAAUCCAAGUUCUUCACCACUAGCUUGGGAUAUAUUCAGAGAUGGGAUGAUAAACUUAUCGAGGAAUUCAAACAAAAACUUGAUUUCAACUUGAAUCAUAGGACUAGAGCUCAGCUUAAUGACAUCUUGCCAAAUAGUCUGGUGGCUAUCUGAUUUUGGCAAUCUUUCAAGGAGACACUCAGCAAGCUGUAAACAAGCUUUUCCAUACUUAAGAUACCACUGGAGAGUUUCAUGAUAAUAUGUCCACCUUAUGUCUAUGAAUGUCUGGGGAAGGGGUAGCUCUUUACUUAGAAUACCAAGAGAAACAUACAUAACUUUGUAUUGGCUUGGACACUCAUGAUGGAGCCAAGAUAUUUUAUAGAGUAAUUGUAAAACAUGGGGGUUGCUCAUGUCACCCUUGGCCCCAAACCCAGCCUGGCACAUUCUUCUCAGCAUAAUGUUUAGUACAUGUGGGUAGCAUCCUACAAAGAACAUCUCUUUUCCAAAAAUUCUGGCAUUGUUAGCCAAAAGACCGUUUACUUUUCCCUUUUGGGUAGAGGCAUUGUCCCCAACCAACCCUGAAACAUUGGUAAUAUCAUAUUCAUUUUUUACAACGUGGUAAUCUACAUCAGACUGGUGUUUCCAGACCCACUUGCAGUUAGGCUGACUGUUUGACUUGCACUCUCUCUUGAGUCGAUCGAUUUUUUCUUCACUUAAAAAGUUGCAAACUUGCACCGCAACGCUUUUUUUUUUCAACUUUUUCAAAAUAAUCUUCAUGUUUUCUCAGCUUCUUUUUGGCUGGUGGCUUAUUUUUACUAGAAAACUGGCUGCCGUGAGGUCUUUUACGAGCCAUCAGGAGUUCUCGUCAGCGAGUCGGCCGGCAAUUAAUUAACACAAAUCUGCAACUUUGAUGUAAACAACCCUCGGCAUGAGCCCGCGUUCCUUUUAUCAGGCAGUGUUACAAAGUAAUGUAAUCUACGCAUGUCUGAGAUUUCAGGGGGUUACGGUUUCCAUGGGUGGGGUAUCUUUCCGUGAGGCCUAAAAUUAUGUCAUUUCGAUCGAUUCGGACGCAUUUCAAGCAAAUUUUCUAUUACCCAUGAUGCAAUGCGGCCACGCUCUUUUUUUUUUUUUUGUAAAAAAUGCAUAAAUACCGUGUUUCAAAGAAUAUUUUUUUUUCUCGCCACAUCUGAAUCCUAGAAACUCUAGAAUCCUUAAUCUUUGCAUUUAAUUUCACGGCCUUGUGCUUGCGAACAAAACAGCACUUGACCGCAUGCUUGAAACAUGCGGUAUGUACUUAGGAAGUUUCCCGCUCAUUUCCUCACCUGAUGUAAUAUGAGAAGCCUUGACUGUGCAAAGCACAUAGGAAGCGGCUAAAGCACUCAAGAAGUGGGGAGAAACACGAGACGUAGUCGAGUGUUUCUCCCUACACUUCUUUCGUGCUCUAGCCGCUUCCUGCGUGCUUUAUAACAGAACAGAGCACAGUCAAGGCUUCUCUAUUUGUUUUAUAAUAAAGAAUCCAUUAAAUUCCCCGAGCAUUACUUUCAAUUUUCAAAACAAACUUUAUAUACAGGUUCAUGUAUGCGCCUUUCAAGGCAGCACGAGGUCUCAUCUGCUUCCGUAAUUUUUGAAUUUUAUUGCCUUAAAUGUGAUAUCUGCUGCCGCAAAAUGGUCCAGGUUCGCCCCUCUUUUGGUUUUCUUCGAUUUCAUGGUGGGAAAUGGCCAUCUUAUCGCGGUACCAGAGCUGGACGACAAGUGAAGGAGCGAGAAGUUUAUCGUCACCGCCAUAUUGCAGUUAUUUCACCAAGGUCAGCCAACCAUGGCCCCUACCGUUUGAAGUCCAGUCACAAAUACUGUAAUAACGCCAACCUUCUCGCUAUUCCACCUACACCAUCUAAAGCCGAACCUGCAAAGUCAUCAAAGCUAUUCAUGCCGUCGUUCUUUCUCUCCAACGUCAUGUCACUGGCGCCGAAAAUAGAUGAAGUCCGUGAAGUCGUCCAUUAUGCAGAUUUCGACCUUGUAUGCAUAACAGAGACUUGGCUCAAAGACCACAUUGACAAUAAUAUUGUCGCUAUUUCUGGCUAUAACGUGAUCCGCCGAGAUCGAACUGAAGCAGUGCAUGGGGGAGUGUGUCUGUACAUUAAAGAGUCUAUCCAAUUCAAGAUCAUUGAGGACAUUAUGGAUAGGAAGUUUGAAGUUGUUUGGACUCAAAUACGGCCUUCGCGUCUCCCAAGGGGCAUUACCAGCAUUAUUGUUGGAGUUGUUUAUCAUUCUCCGAGCGCCGCGGAUUCGCCUAUGCUGGAUUAUUUGUAUAACUGUUUAUCUUUGGUUGAGGCUCGCUUUACUGGCUGCGGGAUAAUUUUACUUGGUGACUUCAAUAAAACUCUGUUAAAGAAAUCUUCGCGCCUUAGUAACGGCUUUAAUUUGAAGCAAAUCGUUACCUUUCCAACUCGCGGCAGAAAUACCUUAGAUCCGGUGUUAACAAAUGUGAAGGAGUUCUAUGCCCCUCCGAUCCAGCGCCCUGCUCUCGGUUUGUCCGAUCAUUUCUCUGUGGAAGUUCAGCCGCUCGUGCGUUCCCAACAACCAAGAACUAAACUUAUCGUGAAAUCGAGGGACUUACGGCCUACAACGCGUAUGGCUAUGCGCACGUAUCUUGGAAAUGUGGACGUUAAGACACUUAUCGAUAGUAAAGAUUCUUGCAAGGGCAAAGUGGAAAUGCUGGAGACCAUAGUUAAGACCGGAAUGGACAUUCUCCUUCCCCUGAAGUCUAAGUCGGUACAAACCAACGAGCCGCCCUGGGUCAAUCAACAAUUGAAGGGUCUCAUUCACAGCCGCCAAAAGGCCCUCGCUCAAGGCGACCAGGAGCAGUACCGCACCCUACGAAAUCGCGUUAAUCGUGAGAGGAAAGCAUGCCGUGCAAAGUUCUAUAACUCCAAGGUUGAACAUCUGAAGGACUGUAAACCCGCAGUUUGGUGGCGUGAGGUAAAGAAGCUCAGUGGUACGUCAGACGCAGCUUCUAGAGGCGUUAAUCCAGCUACCCUCUACCAACAUAUUGAUUGUGGUCAGGGAGGUUCGCCUCCAAGCACGAUAGACAUUGCUAAUACCAUCAACCAGGCGUUCUUGGCUCCUAUGCGCGUCUUCACCCCCCUUUCACCUAACACCUCAACCAACUCUGACCAGGAGAGUGCUUUCCAGGUAUCAGAAUUCUCUGUUUUAAAGAAGCUAUCCGCCUUAAAUCCAACUAAGGCAACCGGUCCGGACGGAAUCCCCGGUUGGCUUCUUAAAGAGAAUGCAGAUUUACUAGCACUGCCUGUGACUGAUAUCCUUAACUGUUCGUUUAAGGAAGCACGGUUGCCUCAGUCUUGGAAGGACGCUAACAUCACUCCAGUACCAAAGCAGAAUCCAAUACACGAUGUAAACAAACAUCUACGUCCAAUAUCCCUAACUCCCGUGCUUUCUAAGGUUGCUGAAGAUUUCGUCGUGGAGAGUUUCCUCAAGCCUGUUGUGUUGGCGAAAGUGGAUGUACGGCAGUUUGGGACUGUGCCAGGUUCCAGUACGACACAAGCACUAAUAAGCAUGGUCCACUCAUGGCUUAGUGCUACGGAUGGGAACGGUACAACUGUCAGAACCAUCCUCUUUGACUUCCGCAAGGCGUUUGACCUUAUUGACCAUCAGAUCCUAGUUCAGAAGCUCAUUUCAUACGAUCUUCCAAGCGGAAUAAUUGACUGGAUAGUGGACUUUCUGUCCUGUCGCCGACAGCGUGUUAAACUUAGUCAGGACUGUUACUCGGAGUGGGGGGCCAUCCCAUCAGGGGUCCCACAGGGCACAAAACUUGGCCCCUGGUUAUUUACUAUUAUGAUAAACGACCUCAUCAUCCCGGGUACAGACAUGUGGAAAUAUGUCGAUGACUCCACUAUUUCUGAAACAGUCAUGAAGUCUGAGGUCAGCAAAGUCCAACAAGCGGUUGACGAACUCGCGACGCAAGCUUCUGCUGACAAGUUCCAAUUAAAUGAAACCAAGUGCAAGGAACUGCGCAUAACAUUCAGUCACUCUAGAAAGAACUUUGAUCCAAUUAAGGUUAAUGAUCAGGACUUAGAGUGUGUAGAGCAAGCAAAGAUCUUAGGUUUGCAGAUAUCUUGCGAUCUUACGUGGAAUAAUCACGUAUCCGAAGUUGUAAAGAAAGUAAACAAGCGCCUGUAUUUUUUGCGUCAGCUUAAGCGUGCACAGGUCAAGUCGGAGGAGCUUUUGCUCUUCUAUUUGACUUGUAUUAGGCCUGUCACUGAAUAUGCAUGCCCUGUUUAUCAUCAUAGCCUCCCGCAAUACCUUUCAGUAGAUCUUGAGAGAUGUCAAAGGCGAGCUCUACGUAUUAUCUAUCCAGAUUGUUCGUACAAUGAGGCGCUUCUUUUGACUGGUCUAGUUCCCUUACACAACCGCCGCGAGUUCUUAUGUGAUAAGCUUUUUAAUUCCAUCCUGUCUAAUCCCUCGCACAAGCUCUAUAGCUUACUACCUCCCAAGAAUGAGUGCGAAGUCAAUUUAAGGAGUCAGCACUCUUUUUACUACACGGCGCCUCCACACCAUUCGUACUCGAAAUAGUUUUAUCCAUCACUAUGUCCAUAAAGCAAUGAUGUAAUAUUGUUUUUCUCUUAAUUAUAUAUUUUUGUCUUUUUAAUUAGUUCUUCUUAGCCAUGUAUUUUUUGUAGUAUAUAUUUUAUUGUAAAUCAAACGUAAUUCAGCCUAUGGUUGCAAGGUUCUUGAUAAUAAACUAUCUAUCUAACUAUCUAUCUAUCUAUUUCCAAAGCGAAAACAGUGUCGUCAGCAUGCUCUAUUUAACAAAUACUUUAGCUCAGCUCUCAUGGAGCACGCCCUUUCAACCAAUGACAGCGCGCGUUAUAUCCGAACUUUAUUAUAAUUCUCAAUAAGGAAAUCUGAAACAGUCCUUAUUGAUUAAGUAGACUUUGGAAUGAUUUGGAAGUAAAGGAAGCCGUCAAAAUGACAAACGCGUCGCACUUGUUUUUGCUAUAAAUUCGAUUGCGUAUGUUCCUGAGGAUCAAAAUUGUAGACCUAAUGUUUCGGAUGAACUUAAAUGCUAAUAUUUUCGUCGGCUUUUAACGGAUUCGAUCGAGUUUGGUACCAAAAUUUAGCUUGUCAUUUGAGCAUUUUAUUUAUGUCAAAGUUGACAUGCUCCAGUGCACUUGUCGCAAACAAUUCGACUAAGAAAUUCAUUUACUGGUACUAUCGCGCGGCAGAUCACAUCGCUCGCCAACUGUUUCGGACGCAGAAAAAAAUUCAUAUCUCGACAAAGUUUCAACAAAAACACCAAAAAACGAAAAGAAAUUGAAAAUCAACUUAUGAGCAUUGCAUUUUGAGGUUAAAUUGUUCUGUAAAUCAGGAAUUAUGACUCGCAAAAUGAAUUUAAAAUUAUCUGUCUCUCCUAAGCUUUAAAGCGUGACGCAUCAAGUGGUGAACACUUUCGUUGAUUUUAAGAAAGAUUUAGCUCAAUUUUUUCAGGAUUUUGGUUGCCACUUUGCUUAAAAAGGAAUUAUUUUCAUUAUCUCUUAAGUCUUACGGUUAUAAACGAGGCUUCAGUGGGCAAAAACAGGAAAACAGUGAAUAGCGAAGCCGACGCAUGUUACGCGUGACGCCAUGUUUUUGUCGCUAACUUUACAAUUCGGCUCCGAUUCAAUAUUUUACAGAGAUCCUUUAUUCUACCUCUGUUUAGUCCAAAACCAUCUUUAACACAUGUGUAACAAUUGUGAAAAGUCUCAAGCAGAUCUGAUCAUUGUGCGCCGAGAAAUUCUUAAAAGUUCAAGCAAAUCCGUGAUUUUUCAAUUUGUACGUGACAAGCGUGCUACUGAUCUAUGUUGUCUGAAAGUUGUAAUCGUGAUACUGCUGUACAUAAGCAACCAUAUUUUAAUGUAGUAAAUUUUCAAUGUUUGUAUUAGUGUUUGUUUCAUCCUCUUUGGGACUGUUUCAAAUGAGGUAAUCAAUAUGUAGAAAUGCACGAAGGUGUCAAUUAUCAUCAAGACAUGUUUACAUUCAUUGUGUGUUUGUUUUUUUCCAUCUUCUUCUUGUUGUUGUCAUUGUUUUUACCUUUACUAUUAUAAUAAUUAUUGCUAUUACUUAUUUUAACUUGCUCUCUCUAGCAAGUCAUAAAUAUUUUAACUUUUUUUGUUACUUGUACAUGUAGCUUUAUUUCUGUUUGCAUGAUUUUGUCUGUUUGUUUUUUACUUAUUCUGUUGACUGUUUGACCCCUAAGAGUGACUAUUAUCUAAUUUUCCAAUACAAAUCACUCCUGAAUCAAACAAUAAUGUCAUAAGAAUAAAGGAAAUUAUCACCAAAUAAACGUGCUCUUGAUUGUAACACAAAUUCUUCUCAUCUCACCUUUUAAGAAAUAUAAGGAGAACAGUAUGGAGUAUAAAGAGGAUAAGUUUCUAAAGAAACUGUGGUGCUGUGUUGGUGAGAGACUAUAACAGGACAAUUUAGUAUUAUCAACUAAGUUGAUAGCAUAAAUUGGCCACUGUAGAGAGUAUGAAAGCUGACGUUUUUAGGAUUCACCCUUCAUCAGAGUGAAGGAUGAGAGGCUAUAACAUUCAAAAUGUCAGCUUUAAAACUCUUGGUGGCGGCCAAUUUACAUCUACUUAUCCACUCAGUGGAUAAUAGUAUGGAGAACAUGCAUACUGUUGUAGGAUGUAAAGGUUUAAAUUAAUUUCUUGAUUUUUCUCCAACAGUCUUGUUGCUGACGUAGUGGUAUUUAACUCACAGUUCAACAUGGAAUAA